CGCCAUCCCAUCGCUCAGCGACACGAAUUAUUUCCCCAAUAGACUUCUCUCUCGCCUUAAUUUCUAUUUUCAGUUCCAUUCCCCCUUUGCUGUCCCGCCAACGACGUAAGCGACUGCGCCUCACGAGACCCUUCGCCUAGCUCUCCCACCCCUCCUCGGCAGCCGUUUCCCUGGUUAUUAUCCGCCUUUGAGCUGCUUCACCUCCCAACGACAAUGGAUAACAAUAUGGAGAUCGAUGCGGCGCGUUCGCCAGAGCCACACCACCUUUCCCCGACAACCGACCCUGGGUCGAUCCCCACGCUCGAUGGCUGGAUCGAGAGUUUGAUGACGUGCAAACAACUCGCAGAGGAGGAUGUGCGGAGGUUGUGUGAUCGGGCGCGAGAGGUCUUGCAGGAGGAGUCAAACGUCCAACCUGUGAAAUGCCCGGUAACCGUCUGCGGUGAUAUUCACGGUCAAUUUCACGAUCUAAUGGAGCUCUUCCGUAUUGGCGGGCCAAACCCAGACACAAAUUACCUCUUCAUGGGUGAUUAUGUCGACCGUGGCUACUACUCUGUCGAGACUGUUACACUCCUUGUUUGCCUGAAAAUCCGCUAUCCCCAGCGUAUCACCAUCCUCCGCGGAAACCACGAGUCCCGCCAGAUCACACAGGUGUACGGUUUCUACGACGAAUGCCUGCGAAAAUACGGCAAUGCCAAUGUCUGGAAAUACUUCACCGACCUCUUCGACUACCUUCCCCUUACCGCCCUCAUCGAGAACCAGAUCUUCUGUCUGCACGGUGGUCUGAGUCCGUCCAUUGACACUCUGGAUAACAUCCGAUCUCUAGACCGAAUCCAGGAGGUUCCCCACGAAGGUCCCAUGUGCGAUCUGCUCUGGAGUGACCCAGAUGAUCGUUGCGGCUGGGGAAUAUCUCCCCGUGGUGCUGGAUACACAUUUGGACAAGAUAUCUCAGAGGCUUUCAAUCAUAAUAACGGCCUGACACUUGUUGCACGAGCACACCAGUUGGUUAUGGAGGGAUAUAACUGGUCACAGGACCGGAAUGUCGUUACGAUCUUCUCUGCCCCUAAUUACUGCUACCGCUGCGGUAACCAAGCCGCCAUUAUGGAAAUCGAUGAACACCUGAAGUAUACGUUCUUACAAUUCGACCCUUGCCCGCGCGCAGGAGAGCCUAUGGUCUCGAGACGUACCCCAGACUACUUCCUGUGAUUAAUAGUGAUAGACUUCUUUCUCUGCAAGGCUUGGCGGCCCUUCGAGAGGGCUCCGGCGGAUUGAGCAGAUGCCGGUAUACUCUGCCUACAUAACCAAUGUCCGCCUGUCGCGUGUUGAUACCAUUCAUGAAAAUAAGACAUGUUCCGAAUAAGAUUGCGUGCUUC